CGGAUGUGAAACUUGGCGCCCGAGCACGUGCUUUCAGAAAGGCCGCUUCGAUUCCACGUCAUGCACGUACAGGUUUUAUUCCUCUGGCUGCUGACGGUGUCAGGGAUGUUUGGGAAGGCAGGGAGAUGGAAGUUAAUCAGUCUGCUUUCCGUUCGUGCUCCUACUCGCAUGUAUGUGGCGGCUCCAGGCUUUAAUCCUGCAAUGUAGUGACAUCGUAGGAGACAGUUGUGACAUCGCUGCUGGCAUCGGGCAUCACUGGCUAAAGCAGAAGGGAGGAGACUUAAAAAAAAAAAGACUGUUAAACAUUUGCGUGCCUUUGGUAUAAAUACACACUUUGGAAUUGGUAUUUGUCAAGAAACCUUGAAUCUGGAGCUGGAUUGGAUUGUGUGAAAGUCCAAGAAAAAAGGUCUGAGCUUUGAGGAGAAGAGAGCUCGCAUGAUGGAGAUCUUUUUUGAAACAAAAGAUGUGUUCCAGUUGAAGGAUAUAGAGAAGAUUGCUCCAAAAGAAAAAGGGAUUACCUCGAUGUCAGUGAAGGAGAUUCUGCAAAGCCUAGUUGACGAUGGCAUGGUGGACACUGAUAGGAUUGGAACUUCCAAUUAUUUCUGGGCUUUUCCAAGUAAAGCUCUUCAUGCCAGGAAGCGUAAAUUGGAGGAGUUGGAGUCUCAGUUUGCUGAAAGCAGUCAGAAAAAAGAAGCUUUACAAAAAAACAUUCAGAAAUCAAAAAUUGGACGUGAAGAUACUGCAGAACGUUCAGCUCUAAUGGAGGAACUUGCUGCCCUUCGGCAGAAAAAAGAGCAGCUAAAGGCAGAAAUAGACAAAUACAGGGAAUGUGAUCCAGACGUUGUUGAAGAAAUGCGCCAAACAAACAAAGUGGCCAAGGAGGCAGCCAAUAGAUGGACUGAUAACAUCUUUUCAAUAAAGUCCUGGGCCAAACGUAAAUUUGGAUUUGAAGAGAGCAGAAUUGAUAAAGGUUUUGGAAUCCCGGAAGAUUUGGAUUACAUUGAUUAGUGUUCUCUUGAUGACUGACACCAUUGUACAUAAUUUGUUAUAUAUUUGCAGUUUGCAUUUAAAUGUGUAUCUAAGUCCUCUACAAAAAACUGACCAUCCUUUAAUUUGCUGGUUUUGUUAAAGUUAAUAAAAUUCUAAAAAUAUUUGUUGCA